CGGCAUUUUCUCCAUUUUAUUAUUAGGAUUUCGUCUUGCUGCUGUAGCCAAUGCUUUCUUCUUCGUAUAACCAAAAUUAAAAAGAACUCCACACGUACUAAGAUCGCGGAGUGUUUAUGCCGAAGAAAAAAGAAAAGGGCCUUGACACAAUGCCUCAAGGGACCAAAAGAGAUUCAUAAGCGCCACCGGGGGACCUUGCCCGUCAGCCAGAUCUCUCGGCAAUCAUUGACUCGCUUGCUCUUUGCGAAACUUGUGUCUCUGCCAGCUGUCUCGGGAGAGCGACAGUGCCGUGAUCUAUGGUGCGAUCAGAGGAAGGGAAAAAAAACCCCUCAAAGGGUCUUUUGUUGUUGCUGUUUU